CAUGGGGCGUCAGUGGGAGCACGGACGAGAGCAGGGGGCGCCACCGCUCUGCACCGCGCUGCAGGGGCCGGGCAUGAGGGGGUGGUGCGUCUGCUGCUGGCACGUGGUGCUGACGUGGCUGCUGUUGAUGCUGAUGGCUUGACUGCUGCUGACAAAGCUC